UAGCAAUGAUUGUGAGGAUGGGGCAGAAACGGGUAGGGUUCCUUCUGUUGUACAUAGGGUCACUAUGAGUUGGAAACGACUCGAUGGCACCUAACAACAACAACAGUUAUUGAAUACCAAACAACAUUAUAAUAAUAGAAGUAGUGGCUUUCACAUUUUAUAUCACAGUUGGGAUCAAAUUAGUACCCUAUUCAGUAUAUGGGCGUUGAGUAAUAGCUGCUAUUCUGUGAAAGGCAUUCGUUUCCAUUAGAAUUGCUGGGUGAGCAGUUGGAUAGAAGCAGGGGCACUUCCCUAGUCGAAAAUGGAAAUUUAUAUGACUUUGUUGCACAGAGAACUGGAAAUUACAGCUGUAAGAAGGCCUUUUAAAAACCAAAGUCCUACUUUUGGCCUCAAAACACGAACAAAAUAAAAUAUGAACAGUUGUCAUAAAUGUUCUUUAUUUGAAAUAGGCUAUAUUAGAGAAAUGAGUGUACACAUUAUAUAUAUGUAUGCCUGAGAAGAAACAGAAUUAUGUUCACAUUUAGGUAAAUAGAUGGAUAGGCAUUUAGGCACUUGGAGAACUAGAUUAACAAGGUGUUUUCAGGAAUUUAUAAUGAAAUUGUAAUUGUGAUGGUUUUCAUUGCAACUUCUGGUUGUCACAGAUAGCCCAUGCUUGUGGGAAAGCUGAAUUGUAUUAUUGAAUCUCUCCCCUUUGUUUUCUCUUUCCUUUACAGAACUCUCUUCACUUGCCGUCGUGUGUUAACAAAAAGUCAAGAUGUUGGUAUUACUGGCUGGUAUCUUUGUGGUCCACUUUGCCACUGUUGCUAUGCUAUUUGUUUCCACCAUUGCCAAUGUCUGGGUGGUUUCAAAUAAUGGAUCAGAAUCAGUAGGUCUCUGGAAAAAUUGUACCCAGGGCAACUGCAAUCAAGACCUGCCAUAUGCUUAUGAAGAUGCCCUCAAGUCGGUGCAGGCCUUCAUGAUCCUGUCCAUCAUCUUCUCUGUCAUCUCUCUGGUGGUCUUCGUGUUCCAGCUCUUCACCUUGGAGAAGGGAAACCGAUUCUUCCUCUCGGGGGCCACCAUGCUGGUGUGCUGGCUGUGCAUUGUGAUCGGGGCAUCAAUCUACACUCAUCACUAUGCCAAUGGUAAAAGAAACAAUUUCAUAGGCAGUCACCACGGCUAUUCCUUCAUCCUGACCUGGAUCUGCUUCUGUUUUAGCUUCAUCAUUGGCAUUCUCUACCUGGUCCUGAGAAAGAAAUAAGGCUGAACCAGUGAAUGGGGACAUGGGGGUUGGGGAGGAGGAAGUAGUUGAAUCCGGGAGGGAAGUGGAAGUUGCUGUGCUGGAGAAACCAAGAAGCGGGGGUGGGUGGGGAGGGUGGAGUAAGAGUGGAAGAGACCGAAACCCAAACUAUUACUGAAGAGAUUCUCUACUAUCAAGACCCUGCCUUUGGAGAAAGUAGUUGGCUAGCACUUUGAUGCUCCCUUGAUGUGGGCCAGAGAGCCUCUCUCUUGCCACCAAACUUGGCCUCCUGCACUUUUCACACUGCCUGGGGAGCCCUCAGCUGCCACACCACUGGCCCUGCCUCUGAAGGUGAAUUCUAGGUCAUGCACAGAGGUCCUCAGACCUACUGCACCAAGUUAAAAUAGCGGUACAAGUUCCGGCAAGAGCAGAUAUUGUUUUUGUGCUGAAUAUGCUAAGCCUGGAAGCCAUCCUGCCCUUCUGAAAUACCCACAGAGGGCUUUGGCCAUGGGGCCAUUUUCCCUCUUUAGAACUGAUAUUUAUCUCUGUAGAAUUCAGUGGCAUUUGUGACAUAAUGGGAGAAAGCGAGAUAGAGUUAGCAGACCAAGUUGGUGGGUUAGCUAAACCAAGAGAGAGAACUUCGUGCAACGGAAGGCCUGGGGGAUGGCCAGAGGCCAGACCAGAUCUUACACAGCUGUCCCUCAUGGGGGUCUCCUGCCACAGACUUUGCUAAGCCUCUCCCUUAAAGCCAAGGCAGCUCUUCGGAAGUUCUAUAAAGCCAUUAACGACCAAUUCAGUGGGGAAAGCACCACACAAAUUGUGGGAUCAAGAGGCAGUCUUGCAACAGGGCUACAUUAGGGUCAUGUUUUUAGGAUCCCCUCUCAAUAUAGUCAAUAUUUCUUUCAAAUAUAUCCUGAGAGAGAGAUGGCCACAGCUCCUUGUGACACAAUCCUAUUACUCUCCCUCUAAAUUAUACACUUUCAUGGAAGUUCUGUAUGCUUAUCCAUAUUGGGGAUCAGGAUCCUAGGCUUAGUGGCAGCUCUAGCUUUGACACUGGCUACAGUGGUCACCUCUCAGAGUCCCUGCCUAUCCCACUUCACACACAGGUGAGGCAUGACAAUUCUGGAAUCUGAUUAAAACACACGUACAAAUCAAAAGUAAGCAACAGGUCCUUGGGUGGAAGGUGCUAUCUAAUAGUGAAGUAUUAAGCAUAUUGUAUUUCAGUCAUGAUAAGAACAGAGUGCCUGCACUCCCAGGCAAAUAAGAAAAUUCCAAUGUGAUAAAUACAAAUGUCGGUGAUGGGCAGAUAUUUUCUUAGGAAAAAAAAAGCAAAAACUCUUGCGGUAUCCAGUCAGAUGAUAACUGAGCUGCUGUGAUGCCACGGGAGUAUUUCUAUAUAGGACUUAGAAGUAAGUAGUAUGUUAUUCCUGGUUAAGCAGGCAUUGCUCUUCCCUGGAGCAGCUAUUUUAAGCCAUCUCAGAUUCUGCCUAAUGGGGUUUUUUGGGAAGACACUUUCUUUACCAGCCUGAGAAGAAGAUCUACCCCCAGGAGGAUCUGAAACAUCUUGCCCACUUUCCUUCUUCUUGCUGUCUCCUUAUCCCAUAUCUCAUAUACCUUUCCUUUUUGGGGAGUUGUUAUGCCAUGAUUGCUGGUAUUUAUGUAAAAGGGCUAUUACCAAGUAUAUUUCUCCGUGUUCAUUCUGGUUAAGGGAAUAUUGAGGGCAGGCCACCAAAUUACUGGACUGGGGGGUGGAGAAAUUGGCCAGAAAAACUGUAGGGUGAUGAACUUUUAAAGUAUAAUUUAAUUAUCAGGCAAUUAUAGAAGUCUGUCUUAUGUGCAGAAACAUACUUACAUAUCAGAUAUAUCCUGAAGAGAUACUCACGUUAUGUUAAAAAGUCAAAAUAUGACUGGAAUGAACCAUGUAUUUCCUUGUCUUUUACUUUUUUUCUGUGACAUUUAUGUCUCAUGUAAUUUGCAUUACAUUUGUGGGUUGUUCUAGUACUGUAUUUGGCUUCUUCUUUAAUGGAUUGGUAUUUCAUAUACUAUAAUUGUAAAUAUUUUGAUACAAAUGUUUAUAACUCUAGGUAUAUAAAAACAAAUUCUGAUU